AUGGCUGGAUUGAAGGUUCUCGUCGUGGGAGCAUCCGUGGCCGGCCCGACGACAGCCUACUGGCUGGCCAAAGCCGGCGCUACAGUCACCGUCAUCGAGCGUUUCCCUGAACUACGAACCAGCGGGCAGGCCGUUGAUAUUCGACUCGCUGGCGUCUCUGUCAUGCGGAAGAUGCCAGGCAUGGAGGCCCAAGUGCGAGCCAAGUCAACACAGGAAGAAGGCGUAUCUUUCGUCCGCGAAGAUGGUCGACCCUAUGGUAUCAUCAGGGCCACUGGCAACCCAGACCAGCAGUCGCUCAUCUCCGAGUUCGAGAUCUUCCGCGGCGACCUUGCCAUGGUUCUAUACGACCUCACUAAGGACAACGAAAGGAUCAAAUACGUCUUUGGCGAGCAAAUCGCGUCGAUGCAGCAGAGCGAGACGGAUGACGGUCCUAUCACGGUCGAGUUUGCAAACGUGCUGCCGACGUCUGAGUAUGAUCUCGUAGUUGCGUGCGAUGGAGCGACCUCGAGGACUCGGGCUAUGGGACUUGGCUGCGGCGUUCGGGACCACGUCUUCCCUACCAAUUGUUGGACAGCGUACUUCUCCAUCAAACAUGACCUCAUCCAGGGAAGCAGAAUAGGCCACGGUUAUAGCGCUGUCGGAGGCCGCUCCGUGAGCGUCGGGUCAGAUCCAUCAUCUGGGGGCAGUCGAGUGAUGCUGAUGGGCGUCCAACCACGAAGCAAAGGCGAUGCCGCACUGCCCUUCCGCCAGGCCUCGCUUCAAGGCGACGAUGCGCUCAAGAAAUACCUCGCGCAGCACUACCAGGGCGUCGGGUGGAAGACCGACAUCAUAAUCCAGGAGAUGAUGGACGCAGAAGACUUCUACGCCAGCGAGAUCGUCCAGGUCAAGCUCCCAAGGCUGUCCAAGGGACGAUUCGUCCUAGUCGGCGACGCAGGCUACGCGGCAGGGCCCACGGGCGGCGGUACGAGUCUCGCCCUCGCCGGCGCCUACAUGCUGGCGGGCGAGAUUGGCAAGCACCCGGGUGAUCUCGCGGCAGGUCUCAGGGGCUACGAGGAGCGGAUGAGGCCGCUGAUCAAGGAGCUCCAGAAGAUACCGCCGUUCGGGCUGACGGUCCUCGCGCCGCAGACGGCCUGGGGGAUAUGGCUGCGCAACCACAUUUUCGCUUUCGUCGCUUGGGCGGGCAUCGCUGAGUUUGCGCAGAAACACCUGGGCGCCGCGUUUGCCAGUUCCGACACGUAUCCGCUGCCGGACUAUGAAAGGGUUGACUGA